UGUGCAUGCAUGCAUGAGCGAGGUCUUAAAGCCUGAUUUAGAUGUUACCGAUUUAGAUUAGAAACAAGGCAGAGUCAUUGUCAUGGAGGAAGUCAACUGGGAGAACAUCUAAAUAAGGAUCUACAGACUACAGUCACAAGCUUUUGUUGUGAAUUGAAUUAGCGCCACAAACGACCUUCCUAUUGUUUCUGUGGAAGAGACAUGCGAAGCCACUUUCCAGGCCGAGGCUUCUAGAUAAUAGGAAAAGAAAAUGGAUGAGCUGUUGGACAUGCAGGAGAAGCGUGCAUUCUGUGAUUACGAGGACUGCAUUUGGGUGGAGAACCUCGGAGUGUCCUUUCAAGCCAUGCGAGGUGCCUUGGAACUGACCGAUAUGAAACUCUGUGCAGGAGACACCGAGUUCCCCUGCCAUCGGAUCUUGCUCGCUGCAAGCAGUCCUUUUUUCCGAGCCCUACUGACUGGACCAAUGAGAGAAGAAUCCCGGACCACCUUUGACAUGAAAGAUACCUGUUCUUCUACACUGAAUCUUCUUCUGGAUUUCAUGUACACUGGUAAGUUACGGAUCACGGAAGAGAAUGUCCAGGAUGUACUUGUUUCCGCAAAUUAUCUAUUAUUAGGACGUCUGGUGGACGCAUGCUCUGACUUCCUACGAAGGCAGUUGGAUUUUCAAAACUGUUUUGAGAUGUACUCCUUUGCGGAUGCCCACGGGUGUGGAGAGCUUCUCCGAGCCACCCAGAGGUACAUUCUUAAGAAUUUUCCAGAAGCCUCGUCCUCGACGUCCUUUCUUGAGGCCGGCUUUGAGCAAUUGCGUUCACUGCUGGGUCAAGAUAACCUGAACAUUUCAAGCGAGAUGGAUCUCUUUAGGAGUAUCAGGGACUGGGUGUCGCAUGAUGUGAAAUCUAGAAGAUGCCAUCUUGUGGAAUUGUUAAGGCUCGUUAGGCUUCUGUACCUACCAACGGACAACCUUGAUUUGAUAUUGAGUGAUGAACUUAUUGUAGAUAGUUCGGGCUGCAAGACUAUAUUACAGAAUGCAUUUCUAUGUAAGGAAGAUUGUAUCCCCUAUCCUGCUGAAUGGAGAAGUCCAAGGAGCUCAACCAAUCAGACGGAAGCUUUGGUCAUUCUAGGGGGAGUACAUUCUAGUCAGCUUGGUAACAGUAGUAGUAGUCUUCAACAUUACUGGUGUGACCCCGGGACGCUGCCUCUGUCAUGGGGGAAGCAGUCCAUAAUGCCAUACCUGCUGAGGAACACGGUCAUGUACGACGUGGCAAAGUUCAGGAAUUCUAUCUACGUGACUGGAGGAUUCGAUGGGGAGCAGGGAUGUCUCGGCCACGUCUGGCGCUACCAGAUCGAUGACGAUCAGUCGGAAACGUGGAUUAGGGUGCCAUCACUUGUCACAGCCAGGUAUCAGCAUGGUUCCGGCGUAGUCGGUGGCCAUCUCUUUGUCGCCGGGGGUUACAACGGUCGGGAGAACCUGAACAGCGUGGAAUGUUUCAGUCCGGACAAGGAGCGAUGGCAGACUUGUCCACCAAUGCCGGAGGCUGUCACAUUUCCGGCUGUCGUCGGCUAUCAUAAAAGACUGUUUGUUAUCGGGGGAAUGAUGAGUGAUUCCCAGGCUUUUCCUUGGAUGCAAUGUUUCGACACGGCUGCACAGACAUGGAGUAUUAUCAAGACGCUGGAGCUGAAAACAAAAGGUAGCAAAAGUGUCCUGCUAAACGAUGCCCUCUACAUCAUCGGAGGACCAACCCGUGACGUCCAUGUUUACGAUCCAGAGAACGAUGUUGCUUUUGAUGUUGCCCCUACGCUGGACAUUCAUGUAUGUGCUGGAGUAACGGUCAAUAAUGGCAAGAUCUACGUUGCCGGUGGGGACAACCUGAAGGAUCGUCGCAACUGGGAUAGCAUCGAGUGCUACGAUCCUGCAUCGAAUACCUGGUCCAUUGUCGGCAAGAUGGCUGUUCCGCUCUACUGGCACGGCAUGGUGUCAAUUGUGAGACCGGAUAUCCCUCGUCUGGAGCCCUGGGACGCUGCCAAUCUCCAUCAAGUCGGUCCGUCGAUGAUGUUUAGAGGUUUCGAAGAAGUUGGUCCGUCGAUGAUGUUUAGAGGUUUCGAAGAAGGGCCUACAGAUUAUGAUCCAAGGUGAUAUCGGGAUUAUGCCUUGUUGGUGGGGCAUUGAAAAGGUAGAGGUAACUAGACCUGGUCCUGAAGACAAAUCUUUUUAUUAUGAUCACAGUUGAUAUUAGGA